AUGUCUGCCCGCCCGCGCACCGCCAUCAUGUCUCCUCCCAGCACCCUCUCCGCCAGGGCCGGAGUCGACUCUCUGGCCAUCCCGUCCCAGGCACCUCGCUUCCGGGCCAACCGCCAGCCCAGCUCCGGCUCAUCCAACCUCAGGCUGCCCUCGCUGCCACGCUUCCAUCCGGCCAACUUCCCCUCGUCCAGCUCCAGCGCUGCCACCACGCCGAGCACCAACCCCAACAGCCCCCAGCCGCCGCCCUCGCCCCGCUCCCAGCAGAAGCAGUACUCGGAGGCUCAGCAGCAGCUCUACAUGUACCAGAGAGAGCUCAUCGCCAACGCCACCCGCAACAUGGCUACCGGCAGCAAGCCUGCCAGCCCCCGUCUGAACCCUCUGGGCAGCCCAGGGCCAGUCACUCCUCUCGAGCUCGAGGGUCAGGGAGGCGACUACCUCACGGCAGGAGCCAAGUCCGCAGGCGGUCUCUGCGACUCUAGGAACGACCUCGUCGAGAAGCUCCUUCAAGAUGAAGUGAGGCGGGUGGGCCAGAUGUCUCCUGGGCGCCCAACUUCGGUGGGCAGCUACUGA